AUGACCAGCGACAAGGCUGCACCCGCCUUCAUGGACCUCCCGCUCGAGGUGCGACACUCCAUUUUCGAGCAUGUGGCCGCGCGCGACGUCAAGCCUAAGAAGCUGCUCCGCUACUGGUUCGAGAAGAAAGAGGUCAAGGAACUCGUUGCCCAAGACGCCAUUGACAACCCCAACGGUCCCACCCCGCGCGUCGUAUACGCCAACGACUACGAUGAUCACGAUGACGAGAGUGCUGUAAGCGACUACAACAGUGAGGAGGAUGAUCAAGAAGAGAACGAAAAUGCCGCGGAGGACAGCGAAAACGAGGACGAAGACGAAGAUGGAAAUGAGGACGAAGGAGCAGAGCCGGAAGAUGGCAAUGAUGAUGAUGAAGCUGAAGAUGAGUCUGAAUCCGACUUGGACGGUGAAGACGAGGACGAUGAGGUAGAGGAAGCUGUCGCUGGCGCGCACGAUACCCAGUCGGCAACUGCUAGCGUCCACGUUCCAGCCCAAGCUACGGCUCAAGUUGACCCCGACCACCACUCCGGAGAUGGGAUGGCAGAGGAAGAACCUGGACAAGGACAUGCCGGCGAGGGCGACAGCGAGGGUGAGGGCAACAACGGCGAAGAGACCGAGGGUGCCCACCUACACAAUGAGGACGAGGCCGAAGGCGAUAGCGAAGGCGACGAAGAUUUGGCUGAUGACGGCGGUAACGCUGCUGCUACAGUUGUUGCAGCUCAGCCUCCUCCUCCAGCACCCGUAUUCCGACCUCACAACAAGUGGCGCCACAUACCGAACUUCGUGCGCAUCACUCACUGUCCUCCGCCGGUCCAGCUCCUGUUGGCCUCCCGCCAGCUGAACAACGAGGCAAAGAACUGGUUCUACGAUGUAGCCGUCCUACGUAUCGACGCGACUGGUAGCUUCGCCCACACGUCUUUCUUCGAGGAGGCAAGUCAUUUCCUUGGAUGA